AUGAGCGCAGAAGCGUCGUCCUCUGGGAUAAGCAAGAAAUCAAAGAAGAACAAGAGCAAAGCUGUCGAAGCUUCCAAUGGUGAUGGUGAUGCUCAAGAAGUAGAUAAAAACAAGAGGCAUAGGAAGGAUAAGCCAUGGGACACGGACGAUAUAGACCAUUGGGCGAUCCCUCAAUUUACUGCACCCUCAGCAACAGAGCACAAACCAUUCUUAGAGGAAUCAUCUUUCGCCUUGUUGUUCCCCAAAUAUCGAGAACCGUACUUACGUUCGAUCUGGUCGAAUAUCACUUCAGAGUUGGAUAAAUAUGGUUUAGCAUGUGAACUCGAUUUGGUACAGGGUCAAAUGACAGUGAAGACAACGAGGAAAACUUGGGAUCCGUAUAUCGUCUUGAAAGGGAGAGAUCUGUUGAAAUUACUAGCUAGGGGUGUGAAUGCGCCUCAGGCAAUUAAAAUCCUCCAAGAUGGUAUAGCGUGCGAUAUAAUCAAGAUCGGUGGACUGGUAAGGAACAAGGAGAGGUUCGUCAAGAGGAGACAGAGGCUGGUAGGACCCAAUGGAAGUACAUUGAAGGCAAUCGAGCUUCUUACGGAAUGCUAUGUUCUCGUACAAGGAAACACCGUCUCAGCCAUGGGGUCCUUCAAGGGCUUGAAAGAAGUAAGAAGAAUCAUCAUAGAUUGUAUGAACAACAUACAUCCUAUUUACAGGAUCAAGGAAUUGAUGAUUCGAAGAGAAUUGGCUAAAGAUCCCAAGUUGGCCAAUGAAAGUUGGGAUAGGUUCUUGCCUAAAUUCCAAAAGAAACAUCUCUCAACAUCCGAAAAGACAGCCAAGAAAAACGCUUUACUCGACCGUCAGGCAGAAACAUCAUCUACCCUCAACCCCAAUUCCAUCCCUAUCACUUCUACUACUACUAGUAGUAGUACUACUGCGGUAGACGAUAAACCCAAGAGAACACCUUUCCCAAGUAAGAAGAAGACCUACACACCAUUCCCACCACCUCAACAACCUUCCAAAUUGGAUCUUCAACUUGCUUCAGGAGAGUAUUUCUUGAAACCACGUGAGAAGGAGGUAAUGGAGAAGAGGAAAAAAGCAGAGAAACAGAUGGAAGUUUCUGCUCAGAGGAAGGCAGAGAGGGAAGAAGCUUUCAUUGCUCCUCCUGAAAAGAGGGAAGAAGGGGUAGAAGAGAGGAGAAAAAAGAGGAAGAGAGCUAAAGCUGAGGAUUUGAUGUAA